ACUCUGUUCUGUUCGAACUGCUGAGCUGACUUGUGGGAGUUCCAGCACUGGGGUGCCCUGGGAGUUAGUGGGCAGGUUACAUGCUUUCCCCUGCUGUUAGCGCAGUGACUCCAGGGUCUCAGAAUAGGAUGGGGAUGUCACUGGCAGUCCUAAGGGCAUUGGUGAGACUGUGGGUGUCUUUAUACCACACGACCCCUCUUCAUUAUCAGGGGAAGCCUCAAGAGGGGAUGUGAAAAAGCUGGGUCAGAAACAAGUGGCCAGGUACUAGACUCUAGUGUAACACAUCUGAAUCAUUCAUGUAGCAGAGACGUUGGCUGUUCUCGCCUGUCUUUAUGCGUUUAUUGACCUGCCCUUUACAUAGGUCACCUGUUUCCCCCAGAGAUGCCACGGAUUAUUCUGGUACUCUAGAAGAGAGGGAAGACAGGCCCUUGCUCGAGGCCUGGGUGGGGUGAGGAGAGGUACAGUGAGGGGUUCAGAGGACAGGAUAAAGAACAAGGAAGACAUACCUUCUGGAAUGCGCCCUGAGUCCCACGACCUACUAUGUCCCUCUUCCUGGAGAAGUAUAGCUCCUCUCUGGUGCUGCCUCAGUUUCCAAAAUCAAGUGGUAUGCUUUAACCUGUAGCGAGCCCUAUCCAGCAAACCUUUGCCAGGAUUGGCAUGGGCCAGACCAGGCACUGAACAUGGAGUAGAGGGCUAACAGUGUUAACUUUGUCCUUCAUGAGACCAAGGAAUCGUUUUCUUACCAGGAUGCUGUUGAGAAGCUGGAAGGGAGGAAUGCCCUGAGGACAGAGUCUAGCCUUCGUGACUCUUGUGCCUCUAGCAGACCAGCUGGGAAGGGAAGGAACAGGCUUUGAGAGUUUGGAGGUAGUGGCUCGUGAAGGAUUAAGGACGGCUCUGACUCCUGUUACUGUGUCUGGAGUGCUCAAAGCAGAGCUGUGGAAAGAUCUAGGCAGGCUGCUGGGCACACCUGAGGGUGUGCACAGAUCCUCGAGGGAGCCUAGGUGUGCUGGUUUCUCGUGGAAGUCUUCCUCCAGGCUGCCCUGGGCUUCUGAGGUGUUCUGUUCCUUGUUUCUGUAAUGCCAUAUAGUCUCCUGUUAUUUGAGUGGGUCCUGGGACAUUUGGUGGUCCUAACGACAGUUGACUUUGACCCUAAUGAAAUAGUGCAACACCUUCUCCUAAGCAUCUGGGACGGUGGUUUUAAGCCUGUGGGUGUAACUCCCUUGGGGGUUGCAUAUCAGAUAUUUACAUUAUGAUUCAUAACAGUAGCAAAACAAGUUAUAAAGUAGCAAUGAAAUAAUUUUUUGGGGAGGUCACCAAAACACGAAGAUCUGUGUUGUCACAUUAGGAGAGGUGAGAAGCACUGGUAGGAGGACGUGCGGGUACAGGCAUUGUGGCAGUGUGUGUCAGGCUCAAUAUACACGUCUUAUUUGUCAGAGUGGAAGUGAGGGGUGGGCACUGGGGCCGCCUCUUUGUCCACCGGGACAGUAGUGGUGUUUGUUGCACUUGUUCUGCUGUACCUCCAAGGAGGAGCUUUUUUUUUGCUCCUCCUCUGCUUCCUCCUCCUGGUGAUUGCCAUUGACACAGACUUCCGCUGCCAAAGCUAAUUGUGAGGUCUGAUCAGUGAAUGAAGGCAAAGGCAGUUCCCAUGACAACCUCAAAGAGUUUCAAAUAUAGAGGAUGAUGUAUGUGUGAUGGGCUGCAAUUACUUGGGUGGAAACUGAUGUGUGGACACCCGGAAACAUAGGCUCCAAGGGUGGAGGGGGUGCUAGGUUUCUUUGACAGGAUCCUUUGUGUGAUGGAGAGGGAAGGGGGUGGGGUCACAGGUCUCCCCUCACGGUCAGUACCUAGUGCCUUCAGUGUUGGGUGCUUUGGGGAGGCAGGACACAUACCGCAGGUGUUCAGAGAGAAACGUUGGUAGUGCUGUGGACUGGCAACAAGCUGAGGUACCCAGAGAAGGCAUCGUGGAGGAUGUGGGCUUCAACUGGACAAGGAAGGAAAAGCCCUGUGCAGAAGUACCGUUUUCAGGACGAGGCAAGGAAGAGAAGAGACCUGUCUCUAGUCCCGUCACCUCUGGAGGAGGUAGACGGACUCGAGCGUUGCAGGGCUGUCCAUAGCGGCCCUGGAGUGUGCCACUGCAAGUGACGCCACAGGAAGAGCCUUGCUGGGUCGCUGUAGCUGUUUGAUCUUGGGCAAGGUGUGUAGAACUCUACUAUUUCCCAUCCGUAGAGUGGGUAUGGAAGACUCCUGGCGUGUUGGUGGUUUGAGAUUUAAAUAAGAUGCUUUGUGCUGGGUCCCCCUUUGUGGGGCGUCAGGAGGCUUGGUGCGCGGUUCAUCUGCAGUCUUCCUUCCCCACGGUGUCUAGGCAUGCCUGAGUUCCUGUUCGUCUGUGUGCAGUGUGGUUUGUGGAUCGCCAUGGUCUUGAGCUUUUCAGUGUUUCCAGCAAGUGAGCCCAUUUACCUCCUCUGUGGCCCCACUCCUGCAGCUAGUACAGAGGAGACUGGGAGACCCGAUGGAAGACUGGGGAUGGAUCGUUGUCCUCAUGCAGAGGAAUCCCAUGUGCCUCUGAGUUGAUCACAGUGAGACCCAUAUGUAGAAAGAGGGGCAUAUAGAGAUGAGAACGCUGUCAGGUGGGAAACUGCCCUGGCAUCACAUACCUCUUAAGAAGUAAGGUAGCCGGAGUGGGAUGAGAAUGGGAGCAAGUAGAUUGCCUUGGGGGCCACAGGCUCCCAUGGUUUAGGCAAGGGCUGCCGGAGGGCAGGGUGGGUACCUGAAGUUGGAGGAGCACAGAGUUAGCACAAGGAGACGGGGGUAAACUCAGCUCCAGAGUUCCCAUGAACUAUGAGAAAGAGGCAUGCUGGUCCAUAGUGGGUCCUGCCUUUCCAGGAGAGUGGAUAACACCCCGCCCUUCCCCCACUCCCCAGGCUUUAGGGACCUCAUUUUGUAGCCUGACCAGGAGCGGGCCUCACCAUCUCAGUGCCUAGCCUCCCUGCUACUCCACACUCCUGAGGUAGAACGCAGCUCAGCACAUUCCAGUUCUGUGUAGAGCCUAGGAAAAGCGGGGAAGACGGCCCCACCCACGUGGGGAACGACAGUAAAUAAAAUAACUGCUCCGAUGUGCUGGCUCCAGAAGAGGCGGUAUGCUGUUCUCCAGGCCAGGGAGGAGCCUGGCUUGGGAAGGUUCGGUGACUGAGGACCUGGCAGAGGGGAGGCACUGUUUGGAUUCAGCCUUGCAGUGCUUUAGCGUGCGGGGGAGGGGUCAGUCAGGAAGCAGCAUAGAGAAGAGCGAAAACGUUAGUGUUCUCAGAUCUCUUUGACAGGAAGUGGUCACUUUAAGUGACCCAGUUGUCUAUUUCCCUAGGCUUGAAGGAGAAAGGGGGCUACAGAGGACAGGAAGGGUCUGGGUUUGACUUCCAGCCCAUCAAGUUUGAAGGGCAAAUUGUUCAGCAUCCCAAGAGUCUUCCUUCUGCAAAGGCUGUGUGUAGAGAGGGUAAAAUGAGAUAAUACUACAGGGUGGUUGGCCCCGGGCCUGUGCGUAGCAGGGGGCUGAUCACUGUGGCAGCCGGAGUAGUAGCAGUAUUAAUUGAUACUCUCGGAGCUGUGUUUGUCUCUGUGGGGUGCAUGGGUAUGUAACACAGGGCUUUAGGGAACUAGGAGAAAGGAUUCAUUUAUGCUGGUCAGUAAUGUGAGUUAAAAGACACAAACAGCCUGGCGGUGGUGGACCUUUAAUUCUAGCACUUGGGAGGCAGAGGCAGGUAGAUUCGAACCAGGUAGUUCCAGGCCAGCCUGGGCUACAAAGCAAAUUCCAGGACAGCCAGGGCUGUUACACAGAGAAACUGUGUAACAAAAGCAAAACAAAACCACAAAAGACACACUCAGUUUGUCACCUAAACUCAUGAUUUAGGACAUGGUUUCUUACCUUAUCCUGUCAUCUGCCUGCCUUCCUGCUCUGAGAAGGACCUAGUAAGACUGCCCUUUGUCCCACAGGGGAGGCAAGUGUGGGCCCCGAAGCCACCUCACCAGAGGCAGGCUUGCCCUCCUCCUAAGGCAGCUCUUCUGGUUCUGAGUACCCCCUGGGAACCCUAGGGGAGCACAAUUAUGCAUUUGUGGUGGAGUGGGUAAUAGAGCGAGUCACUGGAGCAGGGGCGGGGUGCUCAUCUGUGAGUCACUUCUCUCAGGCCUCAGCUUAUUCAUCUGUGAGAAUGAGAAUGAGAAAGCACCCCGAGCUCUGGCAGAAAUGUAACGUGCUGCCAGGCAGCAACACCUGCCGGGUGUCGGUCAGGCCAGUGCCAUCUCAGGCCUCACAGCUGUAUGAAAUGGCUGCUGGUUCCAUUCUACAGAUGAGCAAAGAGAGGCUAAGAGUGGUGGAAAUAAAGGCUGGUGAAGGAGCAGGGCCUUGGGCACAAGGGGCGACUGUCAAGACAGGCUCAGAGCUCAGCCCAGUUGAUGGACCUGUUCCAGGUCAGAUGGACUCAGGGCCAGUGUACCAUGGAGAUUCAAGGCAGCUAAACACCUCAGGGGCGCCGGUCAAUGGUGCUAGAGAGCCCGCCGGACCCAGUCUGCUGGGAGCUGCAGGUCCUUGGCGGGUAGACCACAAGCCCGACUGGGACGCUGCCUCGGGCUCUGCUCACACUGCUCGUUUGGAAGAUGCCCACGAUCUGGUGGCCUUUUCGGCUGUGGCCGAAGCUGUGUCCUCUUAUGGGGCCCUUAGCACCCGGCUCUAUGAAACCUUCAACCGUGAGAUGAGUCGCGAGGCUGGGAACAGCAGGGGCGCCCGACCUGAGAGCUGUGCCGAGGGCAGUGAAGACCUUGACACGCUACAGACAGCCCUGGCCCUCGCGAGGCAUGGCAUGAAACCACCCAACUGCAAUUGCGAUGGCCCAGAGUGCCCUGACUACCUCGAGUGGCUGGAGGGGAAGAUCAAGUCUGUGGCCAUGGAGGGAGGGCAGGAGCGGCCCAGACUCCCAGGCACUCUGCCUCCUGGUGAGGCUGGCCUCCCAACCCCAAGUACCAGACCACUCCUUAGCUCUGAGGUCCCCCAGGUACCUCCCCUGGAGGGCCUGCCUCUGUCUCAGAGUGCCUUGAGCAUUGCCAAGGAAAAAAACAUCAGCCUGCAGACAGCCAUCGCCAUCGAGGCCCUCACACAGCUCUCCUCUGCCCUCCCUCAGCCUUCCCAUUCCACCUCCCAGGCGUCCUGUCCACUCCCCGAGGCCUUGUCCCCUUCUGCCCCUUUCAGGUCUCCCCAGUCCUACCUCCGGGCCCCCUCAUGGCCUGUGGUUCCCCCAGAGGAACAUCCAUCCUUUGCCCCCGAUAGCCCAGCCUUUCCUCCAGCAACUCCAAGAACCGAGUUUCCCGAAGCAUGGGGUACUGACACCCCUCCAGCAACACCCCGGAACUCCUGGCCUGCGCCCCGCCCAAGCCCUGACCCUAUGGCUGAACUGGAGCAGCUAUUGGGCAGUGCCAGUGAUUACAUCCAGUCAGUAUUCAAGCGGCCUGAGGCCCUGCCCACCAAGCCCAAGGUCAAGGUUGAGGCCCCCUCUUCCUCCCCUGCCCCGGCACCAUCCCCCCUUUCCCAGAGGGAGGCUCCCCUGCCCUCCCCAGAGCCUGACGCCCACCAGAAGGCACAGACGGCGCUGCAGCAGCACCUCCACCAUAAGCGCAGCUUGUUCCUGGAGCAGGCCCAUGAUGCCCCCUGCCCUGCUCCCACAGAGCCUCAGGCUCCUGGCUGGUGGGCCCCACCAGGCUCACCGGCCUCACGGCCUCCUGACAAACCACCCAAGGAAAAGAAGAAGAAGCCCCCUACCCCAGCUGGAGGUCCUGUGGGAGCUGAGAAAACCGCCCCUGGGAUCAAGCCCAGUGUCCGAAAGCCCAUUCAGAUCAAGAAAUCCAGGUCCCGGGACAUGCAGCCUCUCUUCCUGCCUCUCCGGCAGAUUGUUCUGGAAGGGCUAAAAUCCCAAGCCUCAGAGGACGUGCAGGCACCUCCGCCUGCACAGCUCCCUGCCCCGCCUCCCGCCUCCCAGGGUGCUGCCUCCCAGAGCUCUGCUGCCCCUCUACCCCCAGAACCUUCUCUUGCGCUAUUUGCACCUAGUCCCUCUGGGGACAGCCUGCUGCCCCCUACUCAGGAAAUGAGGUCCCCCAGCCCUAUGACAGCCCUACAGCCAGGCUCCACCGGUGGCCCCCUUCCUCCUGCUGAUGACAAGCUGGAAGAGCUCAUCCGGCAAUUUGAAGCCGAAUUUGGGGAUAGCUUUGGGCUUCCGGGCCCUCCUUCGGUGCCCAUUCAAGACACAGAGAACCAAUCAACAUGUCUCCCAGCUCCGGAGAGCCCUUUUGCCACCCGCUCCCCCAAGAAGAUCAAGAUUGAGUCUUCAGGGGCUGUGACUGUGCUCUCCACCACCUGCUUUCAUUCGGAGGAGGGUGGCCAGGAGGCCACGCCCACCAAGGUUGAGAACCCACUCACACCCACCCUCAGCGGCUUCUUGGAAUCGCCUCUGAAGUACCUGGACACGCCCACCAAGAGUCUUCUGGACACACCUGCCAAGAGGGCCCAGGCUGAAUUUCCCACCUGCGAUUGUGUCGAACAAAUAGUGGAGAAAGAUGAAGGCCCAUAUUACACUCACCUGGGAUCUGGCCCCACAGUAGCCUCUAUCCGGGAACUCAUGGAGGAGCGGUAUGGAGAAAAGGGGAAAGCUAUCCGGAUCGAGAAGGUCAUCUACACAGGGAAGGAGGGGAAGAGCUCUCGAGGUUGUCCCAUUGCCAAGUGGGUGAUCCGAAGACACACACUGGAGGAGAAGCUGCUGUGCCUGGUGCGGCAUCGGGCAGGCCACCACUGUCAGAACGCCGUGAUUAUCAUCUUGAUCCUGGCCUGGGAGGGCAUCCCUCGCAGCCUUGGAGACACCCUCUACCAGGAGCUCACCGAUACCCUCCGGAAGUACGGGAACCCUACCAGCCGGAGAUGUGGCCUCAAUGAUGACCGGACCUGCGCUUGCCAAGGCAAAGACCCCAACACCUGUGGUGCCUCCUUCUCCUUCGGUUGUUCCUGGAGCAUGUACUUCAAUGGCUGCAAAUAUGCUCGGAGCAAGACGCCACGCAAGUUCCGCCUCACGGGGGACAAUCCCAAGGAGGAGGAAGUGCUCCGGAAUAGCUUCCAGGACUUGGCCACUGAAGUUGCUCCCCUGUACAAGCGGCUUGCCCCCCAGGCCUAUCAGAAUCAGGUGACCAAUGAGGAAGUGGCGAUCGACUGCCGUCUGGGGCUGAAGGAAGGGCGGCCCUUCUCAGGGGUCACAGCCUGCAUGGACUUCUGUGCCCAUGCCCACAAGGACCAACAUAACCUCUACAAUGGGUGCACAGUGGUCUGCACCCUGACCAAGGAAGACAAUCGCUGCGUGGGCCAGGUCCCCGAGGAUGAGCAGCUGCACGUACUGCCCCUGUACAAGAUGGCCAGCACGGAUGAGUUCGGCAGUGAGGAGAACCAGAAUGCCAAGGUGAGCAGUGGGGCCAUCCAGGUGCUCACCGCAUUCCCUAGAGAGGUCCGGCGUUUGCCUGAGCCUGCCAAGUCUUGCCGCCAGCGGCAGCUAGAAGCCAGGAAGGCAGCGGCCGAGAAGAAAAAACUGCAGAAGGAGAAGCUGAGUACACCAGAGAAGAUCAAGCAGGAGGCUCUGGAGUUGGCUGGCGUCACCACUGACCCAGGCCUGUCUCUGAAAGGCGGAUUAUCACAGCAAAGCCUGAAGCCCUCCAUCAAAGUGGAGCCUCAAAACCACUUCAGCUCCUUCAAGUACAGUGGCAAUGCAGUGGUGGAGAGCUACUCGGUGCUAGGCAGCUGCCGGCCCUCCGACCCCUACAGCAUGAGCAGUGUGUAUUCCUAUCACUCGCGCUAUGCACAGCCUGGCCUGGCCUCCGUCAACGGCUUCCACUCCAAGUACACACUUCCCUCCUUCGGCUACUAUGGCUUUCCAUCUAGCAACCCUGUCUUCCCCUCCCAGUUCCUAGGCCCCAGUACCUGGGGACACGGGGGCAAUGGGAGCAGUUUUGAGAAAAAGCCAGACCUCCAUGCUCUACACAACAGCCUGAACCCGGCCUACGGUGGUGCUGAGUUUGCCGAGCUGCCGGGCCAGGCUGUUUCCACAGAUACCCACCACCCCACCCCUCACCACCAGCAGCCUGCUUACCCAGGCCCCAAGGAAUAUCUGCUACCCAAGGUCCCCCAGCUCCACCCAGCAUCCAGGGACCCCUCUCCCUUUGCUCAGAGCUCCAGUUGCUACAACAGAUCCAUCAAGCAAGAGCCAGUAGACCCUCUGACCCAGGCUGAGUCUGUGCCCAGAGACUCUGGUAAGAUGGGCAGAACACCCUUGCCCGAGGCAUCUCAGAAUGGGGGACCCAGUCAUCUAUGGGGACAGUACUCAGGAGGCAUGUCCCCCAAGAGGACUAACAGUGUGGGUGGCAACUGGGGAGUGUUCCCUUCUGGGGAAAGCCCCACCGUUGUUCCAGACAAGCUCAAUUCUUUUGGGGCCAGCUGUCUGACCCCUUCACACUUCCCAGAUAGCCAGUGGGGACUGUUCACUGGCGAAAGUCAGCAGUCGGCCCCCCAUCCUGGAGGACGGCUUCAUGGCAAACCCUGGAGUCCCUGCAAGUUUGGGAACAGCACUUCGUCCUUGACUGGUUCCAGCCUGACUGAGAAGCCAUGGGGCGUUGGAGCAGGGGAUUUCAGCUCUGCCCUGAAAGGUGGUCCUGGCUUCCAAGACAAGUUGUGGAAUCCCGUGAAAGUCGAGGAGGGAAGGAUUCCCACACCGGGGGCCAGCCAGCUGGACAAAGCCUGGCAGGCCUUUGGCAUGCCCUUGGGCUCCAGUGAGAAGUUAUUUGGGGCCCUGAAGUCAGAGGAAAAGCUGUGGGAUCCUUUCAGCCUGGAGGAGGGGACAGCUGAAGAGCCCCCAAGCAAGGGGGUGAAGGAAGAGAAGAGUGGCCCGGGAGUGGAAGAGGACGAGGAGGAGCUGUGGUCAGACAGCGAACACAACUUCCUGGAUGAGAACAUCGGCGGAGUGGCUGUGGCCCCUGCCCACUGCUCCAUCCUCAUCGAGUGUGCCCGGCGAGAGCUUCAUGCCACCACACCACUCAAGAAACCCAACCGCUGCCACCCCACCCGCAUCUCGCUGGUCUUCUACCAGCACAAGAACCUCAACCAGCCCAACCAUGGGCUGGCGCUCUGGGAGGCCAAGAUGAAGCAGCUGGCUGAGCGGGCGCGGCAGCGGCAGGAGGAGGCUGCGCGCCUCGGCCUGGGCCAGCAGGAGGCCAAGCUCUAUGGGAAGAAGCGCAAAUGGGGGGGUGCUAUGGUGGCUGAGCCCCAGCACAAAGAAAAGAAGGGGGCUGUCCCCACCCGGCAGGCGCUGGCCAUGCCCACAGACUCAGCGGUCACCGUGUCCUCUUACGCCUACACAAAGGUCACUGGCCCCUACAGCCGCUGGAUCUAGGUGCCAGGAGCCAGCGUACCUCAGCGUCGGGCCCGGCCCGAGCUGCCUCUGUGGUGCUUUUGCCCUCAUGCCCGGGGGCGGGUUGGGGGUGCAGAAGUCUCUCUAUAUCUACAUAUAUGGAUAUGCCUAUCAUAUAUAUGUAUUUAUGGUCCAAACCUCAGAACUGACCCGCCCCUCCCUCCCCUACUUCCCCAGCACUUUGAAGAAGAAACUACGGCUGUCGGGUGAUUUUUUUUUUCUCGUGAUCUUAAUAUUUAUAUCUCCACAUUGUUUUUAUUUUUCCCCUUGUUUUGAGGGGCUUUUAAUUUCUCUUUGUUUUUAAAACUUUAUCCUUGUAUAUCACAGUAAUGGAAAGAAAGUUUAUAGUGUCCUUUCACAAAGGAGCGUGGUUUAAAUUCCAUUUAAAAUGUGUAUUUAUUGGGUUCUUAAAGCGACAGUAGUAAUCAUUACAGAUGGGCAGGAAAGGCCGUCAGUGCUUCCUGCCGGGCGAGCCCAGUCUCCUGGGAGCUGCAGGUUCUCCCAGCUAUCUGCCCCCCACAAACCAAGGUUAGCAUGUAGCCCUGGUCUAUCCUCCUUCCCACAGGCCGGGGAGCCUUUGGGACCACCCUGUUCCCCUCUGUGGAAUGGGAGAAGCUGUAGACAUCUGGGGGCCCGGCCUGGAGAUGCUGGUGUUGGAUGUCCCCAGAAACCAGGUUGGAAGUAGACAGCUUCAAGCUUGCUAGUCUCCACACUGAAUCCUCUCUGUCCGUUAUUUAUCAAGUCAUACGAUGUCCUGGUUCGCUAGGCAGCACCUCACGCUGGAGCAGGAGUCGAGAGGCUCCUAGGAGCCCUUCCCAUCUCAUUGAUGAAGCCAGUGAGUACCGGGCUGAAGGAGGCUUAGUGGCAGUUUUUUUUUUACAAAAUCGCCCCAAAGUUUGUCGAUACUGAAAAAGGGCUACUGUAUCUUUGAAAACAAGAAGUUGAACCCAAGCUGUGAAGAGCCAGCGUGCUGUGCGGUGCUGUGCAGUGCUGUGCGGUGCUGUGUGGUGCUGGAGCCUGGUGCUGUACGGUGCUGUACAGUGCUGUGUGGUGCAGUACUGUAUGGUGCGGUGCUGUGUGGUGCAGUGUUGUGCGGUGCUGGAGCCUGGUGCUGUGCGGUGCUGUGCGGUGCUGUGUGGUGCUGGAGCCUGGUGCUGUAUGGUGCUGUGUGGUGCAGUACUGUAUGGUGUGGUGCUGUGCAGUGCUGUGCUGUACGGUGUGGUGUGGUGCUGUGCGGUGCUGGAGCCUGGUGCUGUGCGGUGCUGUGUGGUGCGGUGCUGUGCAAUGUGGUGCUGUAUGGUGCUGGAGCCUGGUUCUGUGCAGUGUGGUGCUGUAUGGUGCGGUGCGGUGCUGUAUGGUGCAGUGUGGUGCUGCGCAGUGCCACGCAGUGCUGGAGCCUGGUGCUGUGCAGUGCGGUGCUGUGCGGUGCUGUAUGGUGCAGUGUGGUGCCGUGCGGUGCUGAGCCUGGUGCUGUAGUAUUGUGCUGGGACUUUUCUGACUCUCAGGGCAGGUGGCAUCCUGCCAGAGCUCAGCAAGCCAGUGUGAUGGCAGGUCACUCAUCGUCCUUAUUCCUGGAUCUUCACAUGGGACAAUGGUGCAGUCCUCCCAGCCCUCGCAGGGCAUGGCCUACACUUCAUUUAAAGUGCAAGGGUCAGGCGUUUUCAACAGGUUGCUAAUGCUUUCCUCCUCUGAGGAGGCCAGUUCUCCAUUGGAUCUUUCUCUUUUCCCUCCUCUUCCACCUCCCAUGUAACACACCCAUUCUAAAAUCCUGGUGCAUUCAUUUGGAUCUUUGAAAUAAGAGCGUUGGUGCUUUAAUUUCUGUGAUGUUGUCAAGAGAGGUUGGGCCUGACAGGCAGAAGCGGCGCCAGUCUGCAGCAAGUCAGAAUUUAUGGAGUGUUCAUUUUCUGAUGCUGUUAGCCAUGUUACCCAGCUGCUCAUGUGGACGUGUGUGGUGAGCGGGGUGGGGGGUGGGGAGCUUCAUCAGGACACACACGGAGUAGUGGCCAAUCCCUGAGACAGCGCUUAUCAAGUACUUCUAGCCAGGUGUGGUCUUCAUAGACGGAGCAUAGCAGUCCCACGACAAUGCUGAAGGCAAGUCCGAGUCCCCGAGCUUCGCGGUGCCUUGUGCCAGAGCUGAGAGCCGAGCGGCUGGGUGUUGACUGUAGCCCUUCGGAAGCACUGGCAGAGAGUGGCUAAAAGGUGUCCUGAGCAUUUUUGUGGUCUGGUUUUAACUGUAAAUAGUGAAAGAUUUUUUUAAGCACUUUUGCCUAGAUUUAAACAGCAACUUGAAAAGAAUAAAAAGUACAUUUUAACAUGGAAUUGUGGGAGAAACUGUAAAUAGUAGCUGCAUAUUUAAUGUGCUUUGUCAAUCCACCUUUACCAUAUUCUGUAAAGUUGCAAUUAUUUUACAGGACAGAAAAAUGAAAUAUUAUUGCUUUUGAAAUAAAUACCCAAGAGCUUAUCAGGAUUUAGAAUUAUUCAGAAUUCAGAUUUAUAGGAAAGCCUCUGACCUUCUGUUUGACGAGCUAAACGAGUCAGAGUCUCUAAGGCGCAUGCUAAUUUUCUAGUUUUGAGGGAAAGUUGGGUCCUUUAAAUGCUAUUUUGCUUAAAUCGCGCCAUUGCUUUUACACAGGUCUCAUCUGACUCCGUGCUUAGGUAGAUGCGGGGGUGCCUUGAAAAACUUCAUUUUAAAUAAUCUUAAAUAUGAUAUUUUACAAAGCAUUUGGAGAAUGUGACCGUGUAGACGGCCCGUGGAAGCCCCAGGUUGGCUGUUGGCUUGCAAGGUCCCAAGUGUGGUCCAGGUGAUUCUGAUGUCGGCAGUGUGUGGAUCUCUCCGACGUGUAUUCAGUAUGCUCCAACCCUCCUCACCCUUUGGUAGCAAAGCCAUUAGAUGAAUGGAAAAACCAGUACAAGCUAAAAAGCAUGUGACGUCCAUCCCCCAAGCCUGCACAGCCUUGGUUCAUAAGCUCUAGGCCAGGACACAGGCUGCCGUGAGGUGAGGCAGAGGCGUUCUAUGUUGGCCUUUUGGGUCAUAGCGAGCGCUGUUUCGGGGCUCGGUGCUGUGGCUGUGCUUGAGCCCAUGCCGACUUUCACACACUACAUGUAUAACCUACCUCAAAUCUGUCAUUGAAAUGAGCAUGCUUUAGAUGUGUAUUUAAGACGUAACUAUGCACAGUUCUAUAUCCCCCACCCCUUGCUGCUGAAGGCUUCUUAAAGAGAAAAAUCAAAAUUUUUAUUUUUUACUGGCACUAUCAUUUUUUAAGUCCCGAAGAUGAUUGACAAGACAUUUUUAUCAUGAGAAGAAAAAAAAUAAAGCCAUUGCAACUCAAGAACCUGACAGCGUGAGCGAGUUUUAAGAGUUCCAUUAUAGCAAGGGAGAUGAUGGCAGUGAAGUCCGCUCCCAGUGUGCCCGUCCAUGGCCACAGUCCGCAUGCAGCGUUUGGUGUCCCCUCCCCCUUUUUUGUUUUGUUUUGCUUUGUUCUGUUCUUUCUGACUGCUGUGUGCGAGAGGACUUGGGAAGUUCUAUCCCAAGAGAUUUUCUUUUGUAAUAAAAAUCGCUUUGCAGCAGGUUCUCACAGAAUAACCGGUGCUCGCUGGAGAAGCCACCUGUCAGUAGCUCCGCUGAGGGUGGCGCACGGAUUGGAGGGUUCAGCUUGGGGUCUGGUUUUUAGCAGAGCCUACGCACCUGACCCCCCAGCCCUCCCUCCCGGUGCUGCUUUGUCUCUUUACUGAGGUGGCCCUGGUGCAUGGGAAAGGCUUCUGCCUUCUCUCCUGGGGACACGGUGGUUUGCAGGGCUAGGGACUUGGGUGCAGAUGGAAGAACAGGAGUGGCAGCGCUCUGUUGCUUCGUAGCUGAUGGCAGUGGAUGUGUGAGGGCGGUUGACAGUAGCUGAACACCCGUGUCACAGAGCGAGGAGCUGUUCCUGACUGCCUCGAGGUGUCAGAGCAAGGCCGAGCUGGUGGACCACUGACGUACCCUGUUGUGCCUCAACCAAUCUCCUUCCUUUCGUUACUGAAGUGUGUUUUCUGGACUUGGAAGCAUUUUUAUGAAUUGAAAUAGUCUAAUAAAUGGUGCUAUGGUGUUUCAAUGUGACUGUCCCUGAUCUUGUCUCCCUGAGGUGCUAUCAACGUUUGAAACCACAACCAACCAAAACCAAGGUGGGCUCCGUCUCUCAGCUUUUCUUUCCUUCUCUUUGGCGCUGUCUUUGUAGACCUCUGUUUACUGCGCUGUGUCUGCUCGGGGCAGUGUUCUGGCUUGGUGCUGUCUUUGUAGACCUCUGUUUACUGCGCUGUGUCUGCUCGGGGCAGUGUUCUGGCUGUUGGUUUUGUUUGGUUUUGCUUUUUUGUUGUUGUUGUUAUUGUCUCCCUUGGUGGCCAAAGCUCGGCACACAGAGAAAGGAGCUUGCUCCUUCUAAGGACGGCGGUGGCCUGCCUGCCUGGGUGGGCUCUGUGGGUUUGUGUUAUCUUCUCAGGCCAUAUUAGAAAGGGGGUGGUGGCUUUUAGGAAGGAGAGUCAGGGCCCCUGCCUCUUCUGGUAUGGCAGGUAUUCUCCUGUGGCCCAGGGUGCUAACCCCAGAGGGGACAGGCUGAGGUCCAGGGGGAAUGCCUUCACCUGGCCCCAGUCGGGACAGGAUGGGCAAGCCUUUGGUUCUUGCCACUCACUGAUAGCUCCUGGUGCUGAGACUAAAGGCAGGUGCUUCCAUUGUCCCUCGAUGCCACCACGGCUGCUUUUAGUUGGUGCUAAACUUCUCCUGUGUCCACAUAAGCUGAUGUAAAUUUUAAGAACUCGACAGGAAGCUCCAUUUUUAUAUCAUUCACUGUCACAAUUUUUUUUUAAAUACCUCAAAAACAGGACAUUGUGACAACUUAGAUUCCAUGAGGGUAUGACACCCGAAGGUUGUCCAUUAAAUGACUUCCUUGACCUUGACACAGCUGAGAUCACUCUCUCUGCUCAUUCUUCAGCAGUUACAUGGCAGAGUGCCCAAGGGAAGGAGUGUGGUUGGAUUGUUUUCAUACUUUAGUUUUGCUUUUGAAUAAAAUGUGAAUCUACUUUGCCCAUCUCAUCGCGCUUUCUGUCACGGUUGCUGUCAUUUGAAAACUCCCACACCUGGUUUUAUCUGCUGUCCCUACCGGGCGAGCUUCACCACAUACCCUGGACCAAAAUAACACAUUGGCAGUGCAUAACCCAACCCAGGCUCGCAGCUCCACGUGCGCCCGUCUUCGCAGAAGUGCUGCUUCCUGGCAGCGCUGCCCGAGAGGGCAAAGCAAUAGGCUUCUCACCUGAGCAGAGAGAAGCGGCAUAGAAGCCGGGCUCUGGACUGUGUGCCUAAGGAUCAGUGAGCUGUUUGGCCUGCUCCUCGUUUGCUUCUGUUGAUAUCAGGGAUGCUUUCUGUAGGGUGUCGUUCAUGCUCUCCUCGCUCUGACUGCCCAUCAUUCAGGGGGAACCCUCACUCUUCAUAUGGGGACUUCAGAUACUAAUUGGCUCAUCUGGACAUCCCAAAUUUUCUUGAUUCCAAUGCAGGUUUGUUUGUUUGUUUGUUUGUUUUCUUUUGAGGGGGGAAAGACAGACAGGAGUGAUGUCGUUUCUUUUCUUGUGUUUAAAGAAGCAAGGACCGGCUAUCUCAGCAUACUAAUGCUUUAGACUUGAUCUAGAACCCUUGUAGCUUUUGGAUGUGUUUUAUUUCUUAUCUCUUUGAAUUCCUGUUUGGUUACCUGGCUUCCAAUGGAGGUGAACUUAACAACCAUACUUGAAUAUUCCGUCUUGACUUUGUAAACUGUGGCUACUUGAAAUGAAGUUUAUCUGGGGUUGAUGGAUGAAUGGUAGGUUUUUGCAAUGUCUCAAGGCAAUAGGAUGUGUAUUAUUAAACUGUAGAUAUCUUAGUACAGUAAAUUUAUGCUGAUAAUUUUAUUUUGUAUAAUUUUUACCUUUUUGUUAAUAUUUUCCUUCCACUUUAUUGGUUUGUCUCCUGAGCUACCGCCUUCCUUUCCCUUUCCUUCUCCCCCAGUGUUUCAGUAAAUUUAAUUUAGGGUGCCUAGAAAUUGCAAGUAUGUAUCCUUUUUUGAUUUGUAUUUUAUUAUAAUUUACACAAACAACUGGGUUUGUGAACUGUAUUACUCCUGGCAUCUUUAAAAUAUUGUGGGUGUUUUAAUAAAUUUUAUAUUUAUUUUUUGCACUCAAA